AUGGUACUGGACUGGAAAACUGGAAAACACCGAGUCCGUGUCAGUCGGUGGAUUUUUCAGUUAAUUAGUUGGUUGGUUAGUUGGUUGGUUGGUUGGUUGGUUGGUUGGUUAGUUGGUUGGUUAGUUGGUUGGUUGGUUGGUUGGUUGGUUGGUUGGUUGGUUAGUUGGUUGGUUGGUUGGUUAGUUGGUUGGUUGGUUGGUUGGUUGGUUGGUUGGUUGGUGUGUGAUAUGAUGUGA